AUGGAAUUUGAAACCAACUACCACAUCAACGUCAACGGCAACGGUAACACUAAAAUAAACGGCAACGGUAAUACCAAGGACAGUGGCAUCGGCAACUGUAACAGCAACGAUAUCCACCACCGUCACACCAAUGGCCACCACCACAACAACGACCAUGCAGUAUACGAAGCCAACCAAGUCAUCGUCGCCACUGUCAAUCAACCGAAAUCCAUCAAAGCUCGCCUCCAAGCCGGCGAUUGCCUGUACGGCAUGUCGUUUCUUAGCUUCUGUCCGACCAUGGUGGAGAUAGCGGGAUGGUCUGGCUAUGACUUUGUGAUCCUCGACCUCGAGCACGGCUUCGGAGGCAUCUCCGAAGGCCUGCGAUGCAUCCAUGCACUCACUGCGGCCAAUACUCCCGUCAUCGUUCGUGUGCCGGAGCUUUCGCACGUGUGGGUCAAGAAAGUCCUGGACCUUGGUCCCCAAGGCAUCAUCUUCCCUCUCGUCGAUGGCCCUCAAUCUGCCAAGAAGGCCGUCUCCUAUUGCAGGUACCCUCCAAAUGGAGUUCGUGGAGUGGCAACACCAAUUGUGAGAGCCUCAAGGUUUGGAAUCGACGAGAGCUACGCAAGGAAGUACGAGAAAGACUUGUUGAUCUUGUGUCAGGUUGAGACCGCAGAGGCCGUAGAAAACGUAGAAGGGAUUGCAGCCGUUGAUGGGGUUGAUGGCAUUAUGGUUGGACCGUUGGAUCUGAGUGCAAGUGUUGGGUGCAUGCACGAUCCCAGAAAUGAAAAGGUGAAAGAGAUGAUGAGGAAGAUUGAGAGCACGGUGUUAGGAAUGAAGAGGAAAGAGGGCGGUGGGCCCUACUUGGCUGGCUUCGCUAUGCCAUUUGACGGUCCGGAUCAGUUCAGGAGCCGCGGCUACAAAUUGAUUCGUGGGGUCACUGAUGUUGGCUUGUUCAAGAACGCAUGUGUUGGUGACGUCAGCAAGUUCAACAUGAACAAGAAGAAGGUUGUUAAUGGUGAGUACUAA